GCAAAGACUUAAUUCCUUAAUUUGGAAAUAGCAUUUGCUUGAACAAAUUAGCUUCUUUCGUUGGAUGGAAUAAUUUUAUUCUAGUACCCAUAGAAUCAUAAAACUGCCAGAUAAUGAUUUUUAAAUUUUUAUUUUCAAGUUUGAUGUUGUGUGCGAAGAUAGGCCUCAUCUCCUAAAAUCUUUAUACCAGCUUUUCAACAUGCUUAUAGACAGGCAUGUUCUUUCUUGGGAGUUUUUCUACUCCAGGUUCGAUACAGUGAUUAGUGAGAUACUGGAACAGGAUUCAGAUAGGGAUAUAGAGGAUACUAAGAAUGGAGGUGAUGGUGUUCGGAACGGAGUAGACGGGGGUAAAAUAGAAACGGAUGGAGGUAUUAUGAUGGAUGGAGGGAGUGGAGGAGAGGGUACUGGCAAUGGAUUGGAUGGAGGUAGAGGUGGUGGAGGGGAUGGAUCUAGAACAAGGAUUAAAAGUGGGACCGACUCAUACAGAUCCUUAGCUCAGCAUCAAACCUAUCCUUAUAAGAGGACUAUUUCUGCUCCGGCCGGGAUGGGUUUAUCCGUCCGCUCAGGGGGCAGAUCAGAGGACGGGAGGACUAGGAUACAGGAGGAUGAGAAGGGAUACAGGAGACAGCAAUCAGCUCCUAAUACAAGGCAUAAAAUCUCCAAGACCGGCUCUGAGCUAGGUCCAACCCAUAUCUCUCGGAUUCUCAGCAAUCCAGGAACCAUCCCAGAUGAGUUGGACUUCAAGGACGUUGCAGCUAAAAGUAUGGACCUGGAGAAUAUAGAGAAGGAAACGAUCCAUCUUCUUGUAUUUCUCUUCAUGCAGUUCCUGUCACACACGGAGCAGGCUAAAAUACCAGAGAACAAAAACAGCUUGGAGUACAUUCACAUGCAGAAGUGCUUCCAAUGCCUAUUCUCCCUGCUAGGGUUUGAUGAUAAGGAAUCCAGGUUUACAACUAUGCCUCACAAGGUUCGUUCAACCUCACAGUUUUCUUCAUUUUUCGCCAACAUCCCUCAGGUUAUGGAUAAUAACUUUCCUAUUGGGAAUUUCCUUAUAUCCAAUAUUGUAUUGAUAUUGCAAAAAAGUCCGUUUCCUCCAAGAUAUGCUGCCAACUGGCAACCCACUCACUCCAUACUCAGAGAGAACCUGAUAUAUCAGGGUUGUGGGUACACACUGUGGCACCUGGAGCCAACCACCCGGAAGAACUGGUUGGAAGCAGCGCUGGUCAUUGUUUACAAAUACAAUUUCUCCGAACCUGAAACCUUGAGUGAGAAAGUUCUCGGAUUGAUCCGGAUAAUUCUAAACAGUCUGACUGCUCAUGUCCAUAUUUGCUCCAAAUUUGGAAAGCAGGAAGGAUUUGGUUUAACCAUGAGAUCCCGAGAGCUGAGUGAAACCUCCAUAGGUCCUCUGGGUACAGCUACUCUCCAGGGUACAGAGGAGAACUCAGCUUACAACAGCAGAACCUCGCCAACCAGUAAUCCUAAGGAGGACCCGGAGGAGGAACAAAACCCUGCCCUGGAUCAGAAAGAAGUUGAACUUGAAACCAUUUUUGAAAAUGUCCGUUCCUCGAGCCCAGAUAGCUCGGACGGGUUGCCGAAGAAUAUCAGUGUUGAGAAUCCUCUGUUCUUCAACCUGUUAGCCCAGCAGAACCCGGAUUUAAGUGAGUUUAAUCCGGAGAAUGAAGCACUGGUUUCAGAACGACUCCCCCUUGGUUGGACAAUGCAGGAGAUGGAUAAUGGAAAGGUUCUUUAUGUUGAUAAUAACACUCAGUUUACAACCUGGCAGGAUCCUAGGGUAGGUUCUAGACAGAUCCGGAGAAAGGGUCCGUUCUUCAACUCUCCUCCUAGUCCCUUGAGCCUCAUGGACGUUUUAACCAUAGGGACUGCUCCUGGGAAAGGAGAUAAGAUUCAACUAACCAAAGGAGUAUCAGAGGAGGAAGAGGAGGAGUACCUCCACCCACCCCCGGAGAGACUCCUGCCCAUAGGAAACCAGGAACCUAGACGAGUAGGGCGGAACAAGACUAACAACCUGUCCCUACUAGACCGGGUUUGGCAGGUUCUAGGAUCUAAUGAUCAGAAUGAGGACUGUGUCCCCCUGGUCGAGACAGAUCUAUCAUCAAAGAUAAAAAUAGCCUCAGAGAAUGGUGAGCACAAUGGAGGAGAGUCAAACUAUUCUAAAGUUUGUCUUUUGAAAGAAAAUGUGGAAAAGGAUGGUUCGGAACCAGUUAAAGAAGUUAGGAAGAGAAGGUUUGGAGCGGUUCAAGAGCCCCAGGGACUGGUAUUGAAAGAGGAUGAAGAGGAGGAAUCUACUGAUGUCGGAUGGAAUAAUGUAGAGUCACGGAGCUCCUUUGAUCAAUCAAAAGAUUACAGAAUAACUCAACCACUGACUAGACAAAGCCAUCUGAGAAUAGGAGAGGAUACAGUGAUAGAUCGAUGCAGCAGGUGUGGAGCUAUACAGGAGAAAUACUCCCACCCAGAGCUGUCUCUUUGUCUUGUUGUACUGAACACCCUAGUUCACCGGGACCCGGAGCUAACAGCUCCUCUACUCCCGGAGAUAUUCAUCGUGGUUUCAAGAUUAGCUGGGAUGUCUCUCUACUCCUGGGAGGAGGAAGGAUCGCUCAUCAUUAUACCUGGAAACCCUAGGAGUGUUGCCAGGCAGUUUCUACGAGUAUCCUUACAACAGUUAUCAACUAAUGGAAUAUUUCCUUUGCUCUUUAAACUUGAUCUGGAUCCAAACCAGCGGAAGAGAUUUUUCUCAACAAUUGUGAGUUGUUUGAACGACUUUAGCGAGCUGUCUCCGACAGUUCCAAUGCAACUCUUCUUUGAGAAUAUUGGCAGCUUAAAACCUACCCUGGAGGAAACUUUAAACACCAGUCUACCUAACAUAACAUGUUAUCUAUCUUUUAUACAGUUUGAUCACGUGACAAACUGGGGUUCUGUCUUUGCUCCGCUGGAAAACUUUUACCGAAACCUUGCUCUCUUGACAAGCAGCCAGGACGGAUCAAAAGAUAAGAUCGAGUCUCAAACCAAAAAUGCAAAAAUCUCCAAUAUUGGUCCCGUUCUCUCCCUCAUAGUUUACACUAUGAAGAUGCCUGGGGUCAACAACCACCGGAGUAUACUGGAACCCAUCAUUAAGGUGAUUUGUUUUGCAAUCCAAUCCUGUACCUUCAAGUUCCAGGAUCUAGUGGAUAUUUGCUCCUUCUGCAAUAAAACCUUCAAUAAGGAGAGAGAUAAGAAUUCGAUAACGAAAGCUAUUACUGCAGAGUUUGUACAUGCACUAAAGUAUAAAACUUGUAUCCCGGAUGUAAACUUCCUUUACCUAGGGAGCAUGAUGCUCCAGGAUGCUAAAGGGGAGCUUCCUCCUAGUUCCAUACUAGACGAUGCUCCCUCCAUUGAGAUGGGAUUAACCGGACCGAUCCAUACUGGAGCCACAGAGUGUCUCCGACCCCAUAUACCAGAUAUUGUGGAUUUUGUAGCUGACGUGCAUACCCUGAGCAAGGUUAAGUCCAAUGUGCGUGGAACUACUAUGAGCUUGAACCAGGAUACACUGGGAGGAAUCCUUAAAGCCGGAUUGUCUCAGUUCCUUGCGCUUGAGAUCGCUCGUAUGUCGGGGGAUCGAGAUGUCAAGUUUGUGACGAAAUAUCUACCCUGGUUGUUCAAUCCUCCAAACAUGAUCGUUUCCCAGGGUCCUAAGGAGUUCCUGGACUGUGUCUCACACAUCCGUCUUCUCUCCUGGUUGCUCCUGGGAGCUGUAAGCUAUACUAUGCUUGUUGGGGUUAGAGAAGGUCGAACUUGUCAACCUAUACCUCUGGAGGCAUCCUGUCACAUAGCUGAUCAUAUUGAGGUGAUCCUGGCAGGGUUUGCGGAGCAGAGUAAAACUAGCGUGGUUCAUAUGUGUUCUCUCUUCCAUGCGUUUAUCCUGUGCCAGCUGUGGACAGUUUACCUCGAGCAUGUUAAACCAACAUCAAACAACAAGGAUGAGCAACUCUUAGCUCCGAGUAUACUUCUAGACUUCUGGGUUAAAGUAACUCCGGGAAUCCUUCAGCUUGUUUCACAUUCUAAGGUUUUGGCUGAAAUGGUAAACCUCCAUUUUCUGAGUUUAAUGGAGGCACUCCUGGAGUGUAGAUCAACUAUUCUAACUAAACUGAUGCCACUCUGGUGUCCUGUUCUCCAUGCUUACUCUACUACGUUACCGGAUCAUAUUUGUGUCCGGCUUCAGAAUAUCGAAGAUGCAGCUCCUAAACUAGUAAAGCUGGCUACAGAUACUAAGGUUAACAACAGCUUGGUGAACUGGUUGCAGAGGUUGCAGUUUAAGAUGGGUCAAAUAGAGCUUCAAGCUUCUAAUGCUACACAACAAUUCUUCAGUGUUUAAAACUAAUCACUUUAACUUUUAAACCUGAUGUUGUAAUUCUUUGAUAUUUCAAACUAAAAAUUAAGUUAUCUUGAUGAUAUUUUAA